GCUUGUGCACUUUGAUUGAAAACAGUUGCAAGAGGAGCGCGCGCGGGCAUACAUUCGUUUGGCAGCAGCGUGGCGUACAAAUAUUAUGCUAAAAAGCAUCAACCCCGCCGCCGUUAAAUAUGCAGAAAACAACUACAACAACGCCAGCAACAGCAGCAGGAACAGGAGCAGCAGCAUCGCCAGCAGCAGCGGAAACAGCAGAUAGCGUCGCGUCAAUGGCGGCGACACCUUCAUCAUCGUCAUCAUUAACAGCAGCUUCCGCAUCCCAGCAUUCCAGCCACAAUAGCAGCGAACGUGGCAGCGACUCCAUCAUUGACUCCAGCGGUCCAGCGCGAAAGGAAGAUGAGCAGGAAACAACGAUUAGCACGAAGCACGAACCGAAGUCGGAACAGUCAAUGGCUAUACAUUAUUUAGCUAGUUUCCAUGAGAUUUGUGUGGUAACAGCAUUGCUGCCAUUGGUGACGCUCUUCACAUGCUUUGUGACCGCCUAUGUCUUCCAGUACGACGACGUACACGAGACACAUUGCCGGGUGUAUAAUAUUGUGCCGUCGAUAAGUGCAAUUACGGGCGUUAGUCCACAGCGUUAUUUCUGGCGUUUCAGCAUUGCGCUGCACAUCGGACCGCGCAUACCAAUUGCCUUUGUCUACAAGAACUAUUAUCGCGCUCAGUUGGCGCGUCUUGCUCCAUCGCUGGUGCCAAAGACCAGUUGGUUAAUCACACUCAUUCUCGUGCUCAACUGCAUCGAGAUUGCGGCCCUCGGUGGCGUCACCUAUAUAUCAAAUCGCGAGAACUAUCCUGUACACGAGAGAAUCUUCAUCACGUUUAUGAUAUGCUCGCUGUGCUAUAUGCUGGCCACCAUUAAGCUGAAUGGCAUCUUGAAUGCACGACAAACGUUGACCGAGCAGCAGCGUUUAUCCAUCAAGUGGAAGAAAAUACUUUUCGUUGUCUCCAUACUGAGCACCAUCGGUUUACUCGUCUUCUUUGCCAAACAUCGUUUCUACUGUCACGAUUUGGCCUUCAGUUGGUUUGCGUUCUUCGAGUACUUGAUCGCCAUUGCCAACAUGCUGUUCCAUUUCACCAUCAUCUGGGACUUCCCAUCACAGUUCAUGGUGAUUGUGCAAGGACCGCGCGAGAAUCUGUUGCAGUAUUUGGGCGCCAAGCCGAAACUCAACUAAGCUGCCGCUAAUCUUCGUUCGGCACAUUCAACUUCCCUCUUGACUCUCCCAUUUUUUUUUUUUUGUUUCUGUUCCAACAAAAUUAUUCGUUAUACUGAUUUUCGUGUUGUAAUUGUAUGGUAUAUAUAGACCACAACAGAGAUCCACAUUAGAUUGUAAUAUGCACCUCUCUCUCUCUCUCGAUAUACAUAUAUAUAGAACUCUGAACGAAACGUACAAUUAUUGAACUUCUUGAGAAAAAAUUUCAAACUAGCGCUUCCAUAACCUAAACAAGAAAAAGAAAAAUAAGAAAUUGAAACAUAAUUUAACAUUGUUCUCGCCAGUUGCAGUUUGUCAAUGCAAAAUUUAAGAGUCUCUCGAUUAUAAAGAUUUAUACGGCAUUAUGUUAACUAUACAUAUGUAUAUGUAUGUAUGUACACACACCAUCCAAAAGUUCCACACUCAACAAAAGCAAAAAGAAAAAACAAAUGUCAUAGUCACAGAUAAAAUUUAACUAACGAUAAGCAAAUAAACAAUUUUCUAGUAAUUAAUUGUCGAAAAUAUAGCGAAAGUUACGUAAGAUAAUCAAGUUUGAGGCAAAUGAAAUAACGCAAUUUGUUAAACGGAACACACACAUUUUGAUGGGACUAACAAUCCUUCCGAUCCUUCGCACACACCCUCCUUCAUAACCAAAUACAACUUAUAUAUAGUUAUAGUAAAUAUAUAUAUAGUCAUAACAACUAUAUACAUAUGUAUAUUAAUUUGACAAAGUUAUGUCUGCAUAACUGCAGGGUUUCGCAAAACAAAUUUCAUGUCGAGAAUUGGAUCACAAUUUCGUGUUUAGUGUUUCCUUGAUGAAAGAUCUGUACGUGCUGCUUAUAUAUGUACAUAUAUAUAUUAAUAGAUAUAGUGCUAUAUAUCGGAAAUAAGCAAAAGUCCUCAUCUAAUUCGCAACAUUUUUUGCCGUUGCUGUUCUUUGAUGAUCUCAUGUCAAUUGUCAUAGGAGAAGCGUAAUUGUUUCAGUUGUUAAGUCUAGAAAUAAACAACACUCAGUUUUGGAAAUGCUCCAUAUACAUACCAUAUAUGCAGUAUUAGAUCGGAUAUGCAUAGCGAGAUAGCAGAACAUAUCGUUUAUACAAAGAAAUGUGCAUGGAAAUACAAAUCGAAGAAAUAAUAAUCGAAAUAAAUCCGAGUUGUGUAUGGCGGAGGGAGGCCUAUGGUUUAUGUAGUGCCCCUCUCCCCACCCAUUCUCAACUCCUCACCCCCGCACACACUCUUACAAACAGAAUGAAACCAAGAAAAUGUAUUAAAAGUAAAACACAAACUAAAUCUGACAAUAGACAUUUAAGCUGGGAGAAAGCAACGAAAAAAUCGAUGAAAAAACAAAAUUGGGACAUUCCGCGUUGCAAUUUCGCGAUAUCAAUUUCGCCAAUUUCGUUGGUGAAACUGCAAAGUGGAACACGGGUCCUGUGUAAACAGUUAACUGCUGCUGCUGGAGAAAAUGCGAACAUAAAAUCGAACAAAUAAUUAAAUGUACUUAGCAAAUUCUAAAUAACAACAACAAUAGCGUACAUAAUGUAGUUAAAACAAACGAAAGUGAAGUAAACAAAAAAAAAAAAAAUAAUCCCAAACAAUGAAAAAACUGGCGUCAAGUUAUAAACGAAAUUUGUUGAACUUUUUUUUUACUUCAUGCAAUUUGCUUUCCAUUAUUUCGAUACUUACUAUAUACACAAACACUCAUAUAUAUAUUUAUAUAUAUGCUAACCAAAUUAUUAACAAUUAAGAUUAUAUAUAUAUACAUGCAUAUAUUUUAUAAGUAAGAAAUGGCAUCAUUUUUUUUUCUCCAAAUAUUUAGAUGAAUAUUGAAUCGAAAGUUCAAAUUACAAAAACAAAGAAUAAUAUAAACAAAAAUAAAUAUAAAAUAAAGAAAUACUUAAGCUGAAGAACUUUGUACUAUACACUGUGAGAAGUAUUUUAUGAGAAUCUAUGAAUAAUGAUUGACUACGACGACGAUGUCAAAGUUGAGCAUUCUGAGAAUUAAAUUUAGCUGAUGUAUUUCCUAAUGAAACAAUUGUUAUUGACACUCACUCACACACACACACGUAUAAAUAUAUAUAUAGAAUAACCUGUAUAAUUCCGUUAGUUGCCAGCAAAUCCUUCAGAUUUCCACGUUGUUGAAAUUAUAUAGAAUCCAUUUUUUAUUUAUUUCUUACGACAUUUUCUCACAUUCACAGUGCCUGUCAUCAAAUCUUACUCGCUCUCACUCCUAUCUCAGUCUAUCUUUAUUAUUUAUAUAUGUUUUAUUUUUUCCUCUUUUUUUUCUAUAUUAUACGAAAUAUAUAGUCAGAUGACACUUGAUACUUUUUAGAGUGCAACUUUUUACCUUUGCAUCAAUUUUUAGGCAACACAACGUAAGUAAAUUUAUAAUAAAUAUAAACAACAAAAUAAUAUGUCUAACAACAAGAAAAUUGUAAAACUUUGUAGCUUCCUAAUUUGAAUAAAGAUUAAUACAUACCAUAAAAA